AUGCAAAAUCAAAUUGCGAGCACGGCAAAUACACUCAACAAUCGACUGAAAAACGACAAACAAAUUCAACCCGAACUGAAACAUCGUUCAUUUCGCUUCAUCGAUCCUUAUGGUAACGAAAUGAUGAUUGAUUAUAUGGAUCAUGAAUAUAUUGAUCAUAUAUUGAAAAAAUUCAAACGAGAUUAUAUACCAAAAUAUUUACAGCAAUGGAUUCAAGUUGGUAUUGGAAAUCUCGAUGCAAUCGUACCGAUUUCCGAUUGUCAGAUGCAAUCAACUGUAGCGAACUACACAUCUGAUCGUCAUUUUAUUACCUAUGGUGAAGUAACUGUUUGGUUUGGUGCUUAUGAAGAUUCCACGCCGGAAAGACUCCUUGUCAAAGUUUCUUUGAUGGACAAUAUCGAGAAAAUCAAAGCAGAAAUUGCCAGACGACGAUGUUUUACCAAUCUUGAAAUGAAAUUGCUCAUGAACAAAGAAGAUACUGUUCCGAAUACAAUUGAUUGGGACAAUGGUAAAGUACUUCAACCGAACGAAACGAUCAUGUCCAGUCGACUCUAUGAAACUAAUUGUGUUAUCUUGGCAAAAUUUAUCAUCGAAAAGACGGCUAGCAAUGACACCAGUUCGUGUUUUCAAAUCUUUGUCCGAACAUUAACUGGUAAAAUGAUUACUUUAAUUGUCAGGUCAUCGAUGACAAUCGAAGCGAUCAAAGGAUUGAUACAAAAUAUGGAAGGUUAUCCUCUCGAGCACCAGCGCUAUAUUUUUGCUGGAAAACAAUUAGAAGAUGGGCGAACAAUUGGUGAUUAUAAUAUCCAAAAAGAAGCAACUAUAAACUUGGCACUACGUUUGAGAGGUGGCAUGUACCAUUUUACAAGUGGUCGACAAGAUUUCGGUCAGUUGCCCUAUGGUGGUGCUGAAGCAGUGAAAGAAGUUCUUGCAUACGAGGUGAACACGAUAGAUACCGAACGUCUAUCAUCUGUGGAAUUACAAAAAUCUCUUUUACAAGCACAGGCGACUGUAUCGAAUUUAUUUCAUUCAAUUCAGGAAAUGUAUAUCCCGUCGAAUAUUCCAAAUUUAAAAAAAAUUAUCUCGAUACCGAAAAUUAAAAUUGAUGAUCACGACGAGAUGGACGAUGAAGAAAUGUCGAAUGAACAAUGA